AUGAAAACAAGUUUAAUUAUUGCAGCAAUUGCAAUUCUACUCUUCAUUGCAGUUGUACAAGCAACUGACAGCUAUGCUCCAAAGCCUGACAGUUAUGCUCCAAAGCCAGACAGUUACAAGCCACCUGUUAAGAGAGUGUGCAAGAAGAAAUGUGUUGCUCACAAGUAUGUCAAUGGAAAGUGUUUGAAACAUAAGAUUGUUGGUCAAAAGAAGGUCUGUGAUAAGUAUGCUAUUGUUGGUGCUGGAAAAUGCUUGAAAUACAAAAAGUUCUCCAAGUGUGACAAGUACAGUAAGCCAAUUAAGAAGUGUGUUAAGCAUGCAUACAAGAAGACUACUUGUGCUAAGAAGAAGUACUGGAAGGUUUGCGAUUCUUAUGGAAGUAAGAAGGUCUGUGCUAAGAAGGCAAGCAAGAAGUAUUGUGCCAAGUAUGAAAAUGUCACCAAGUGUGUCAAACAUGCUACCAAGAAGGUCUGUAAGAAAUUCAAGAAGGUUCCAAUUAAGAAGUGUGAAAAGAAGAAGGUCUGUGACAAGUACACCACUGAUUCAUAUGCUCCAGCCAAGUGCAAAUAUGUUAAGAAGUGUAAGGUUGUCUCCUAUGCUAAGAAGUGUUGUCAAUAUAAGAAGAUUAAGUAUUGUAAGCAAAAGAAGACUUUCAAGAAGUGUUGUCAAUAUAAGACUAAGCAUUAUUGUGCCAAGCAUAAGACUAUCAAAUUCUGUAAGCACAAGAAGACUUUGAGCAAGUGUAUCAAGUACAAUAAGAAGAAGUACUGUUGUCAAUAUAAGACCAUUCCUUCCAAGUGUAUCCAUAAGAAGCAUUGGAAGAAGUGUGUUAAAAAGUCAAAGGGAAAGAGAAUUUGUAAGAAGCACAAGUUGACUGGUGGAAAGAAGGUCUGUAAGAAGUAUGCUCAAAAGAAGGUCUGUGCUAAGAGAAAGAAGGUCUGUAAGAAGGUUGACUCUUAUUUUGGUAAGAAGUGGUAA